AUUACUAUUAUUUGCUCAACAAAUAUAUAUAUAUAUAGUUCCUUCUAGAGUACUCUACACUAAUAUUCCCUUCAAAUUUUUUUCUGUGAAAAUGGGAUCACGUUACGAAGUUGAAGUAAAAAUAACUUCAGCCAAAGAUUUGAAGAACAUCAACUGGCGUUACGGUCCUCUGAAACCAUACGCAGUUGUCUGGGUUGAUCCCAAUUCUAAAUGCUCCACUAAAGUCGAUGAAGAUGGUGAUACUUCCCCUUAUUGGAACGAUAAACUCCUUAUUCCUUUGAAUUCUCCAAUUGAUGAAUCCGUCUUAUAUAUCGAUAUUGUUCAUGCUGUUGGCGCCGAAGAGGACACCAAGCCUCUCAUCGGAUCCGCUAAGAUUUCUCUUAGCGAAGUCGUAGAUGAGGCUGGAGUAGGCGGUGAGGUGGAGCGUACGCUCCAGCUCAAACGCCCUUCUGGCCGUCCUCAAGGGAAGGUAGAAGUUCAGGUUACCGUACGCGACCCACGCUAUCGUGCACGGGAUGCGUAUUACGCACCUCCAUACGGUGUGCCCCCUCCGGCGCAACCUUAUAAUUACGGCGGAGCAUAUGGCGCCUCAAUUCCGCCUUACGGGCAGCCGGCCCCAGGGAGUUACGGGCAGCCAGAAUACGGGAUGGGAGGCUACGGGCAGCCGGCUGCGGGUAGUUACGGUCAGCCAGGUGGCGGAUAUGGUUACGAAGAGGAGAAGAAGAAGAGCAAAUUUGGAAUGGGUACAGGAUUGGCAGUGGGUGCAGUAGCGGGGGUAUUGGGAGGAGUGGCGAUAGCAGAGGGUAUUGAUCACUUGGAGGAUAGUAUCGCCGAAGAUGCGGCGGAGAAAGUGGAGGAAGAUCUCGCCGACGAUGAUGGUGAUUACGGAGAUGAUGACUUUUAAGCUACCGUUAAGUUUGUAAUUGUAAUAUUCUUACAGGUCGUUUGACCUGAGGGAUAAAAAUAAAUAAUUAUAAGAUAAGAAAAUAGUGAUGGGAUAAAAUUUUUGUGUCUUA